CGAAUGGAAUCUCACUCCAUCUACAGAAAGGUCAAAUGAUCGUAAUCAACGCCAUCGCCAAACAACUCUUGCAGCUCAGGCCUUAUCUGAUCUGAUAUGCGAUGAUGCAGGUACUCACAAUCACCGCUGUCGACAACGGCAGAGUAGAGAUCUCGACAUCACGCCUUCUCCUGCGUGCGGCUCAAGAAAAUGACGUUGAUUCCUUGUACGGGGCGUUUUCCAACGCAGAGGUUAUGAAGUACUGGAGCACCACUCCACACACUUCCAAGGAGGAAACCUCAAAAUGGCUGUCGAAGAUGAUAUUGUCGCCUCAGAACGGGGUCACGGAUUUUGUGAUUGCCUUGUCCAACGACGGCCCUGCUAUUGGCAAAAUUGGAAUCUGGCAGGACAGCGAAAUUGGAUUUCUCCUUUCGCGACAAUACUGGGGAAAUGGACUCGCACGCGAAGCCAUGAUUGGCGUACUGGAUUAUCUCUUCACGAGUCGGAACCUGGUAGAGAUCACUGCGGAUGUAGACCCACGAAACCGAAGGAGUCUAUCGCUUCUCGAGCGUAUGGGAUUCGUGGACGUCGGAUUUGAGGAGAAAACGUGGGAAGUGGGCGGGGAGUGGGUUGAUAGUGUGUACUACAGUUUGUCGAAGAAAGUGUGGGAGCAAAUCAAGAAGCAUCUAUACAGAAGUCAUGGACUUGAAAUAUAG